AGCUUCAGCGGAACGUAGAGUAGAAUUCAACCCACUGCUUCGCUUUCGCUUUCGUCUCCAAAAGCAGACUCCGCCAAUACAGAAUUCGCAGCGCCCAAAUUCGAAGCUAGUAAAUUGUUAGCAGUAGUCCAAUGUCGGUCCAAGAAUAUCUGGACAAGCACGUGCUCUCCCGGAAAAUCGAGGACGCCGUCAAUGCCGCCGUUAGGGCCAAGACUCCCGAUCCCGUUCUUUUCAUCUCUAAUCACAUGAGGAAAGCAGUGCCUUCUGUGAUUACCAAGGUCAAAGCCAGGCAAAUCCUCGACAGCAGAGGUAUUCCCACUGUUGAAGUUGACCUCUACACCAAUAAAGGCAUGUUCCGUGCUUCUGCUCCCAGUGGCGCUUCUUCUGGAAUGUAUGAAGCGCUUGAAUUACGUGAUGGAGACAAGGGAAUGUAUCUCGGUAAUAGUGUCCAAAGAGCUGUUAAGAAUAUUAAUGAGAAAAUAUCAGAAGCUUUGAUUGGUAUGGAUCCGAUCCUUCAGUCACAAAUUGAUCAGGCAAUGAUAGACUUGGACAAGACAGAGAAGAAGGGUGAACUUGGUGCAAAUGCAAUUUUAGCCGUGUCAAUUGCUGCUUGCAAAGCUGGGGCUGCUGAAAAGGAGGUUCCACUUUACAAGCAUAUUGCCGAUCUCUCUGGUAGAACCAGCAUGAUUCUUCCUGUCCCUGCGUUUUGUCUGAUAAGUGGUGGAAAACAUGCUGGAAACACUCUGGCUAUUCAGGAUAUUACUAUUCUUCCUGUUGGAGCAAGAAGAUUUGAGGAGGCAAUGCAAAUGGGAUCUGAAACAUACCACCACUUGAAGGCUGUUAUUACUGAGAAAUAUGGUGCACAUGGGUGCAAUGUUGGUGAAGAUGGUGGCUUUGCUCCAAACAUUUCCGGCUUUAGAGAAGGCUUGGAUUUUGUAAAGGAGGCCAUCAGCAGAACAGGGUAUAAUGAGAAAAUAAAGAUAGGGAUUGAUGUAUCUGCUACCGAUUUCUGCAUAGGUACGAAGUAUGAUUUAGAUUAUAAAUCACCAAACAAGUCGGGGCAAAACUUCAAGUCAGGAGAAGAUAUGAUUGAGUUGUACAAAGAACUUUGUACAGACUACCCGGUUGUAUCUAUUGAGGACCCAUUUGACAAGGAGGACUGGGAACGUGUCAAAUAUUUUUCUGGUCUUGGAAUUUGCCAGGUUGUUGGGGGUGAUUUAUUGAUGUCUAAUCCAAAACGUAUUGAGAAAGCAAUUCAGGAGUCCGCUUGCAAUGCUCUUCUUCUCAAGGUGAAUCAAAUAGGGACAGUGACCGAGGCCAUUGAAGUAGUGAAGCUGGCAAAGGAUGAACACUGGGGAGUGGUGAUCUCUCAUAGAUGUGGGGAAACCGAAGAUUCUUUCAUUGCAGACUUGUCUGUCGGCCUUUCAACAGGUCAGAUCAAUGCGGGAGCACCUUGCCGAGGGGAGCGGCUGGCAAAGUACAACCAGUUGCUUAGAAUUGAAGAAGAGCUUGGCGAUCAAGCGGUGUAUGCUGGUGAUGACUGGAGGAUGUCCUGAUCAAACACUUUAGUUAUUUUUGCCUCUCAUCUUCCCUUCUGUUAGUUCCUUUCAUAUGAAGCCGCUUUGUGUCUCCCUUACAUUCAGCUACUGAGGGAGCUAUUCUCACAGUGAUUCUUUCAUCAAACCGGUAAAGCUAUAGUAUUUGCAGAGACAUUGCAACGGUUUGAAUUGGGUAAGAGCAGUUGCAAAUUUCCGGUUUGUGAUUUUGUUUUGUUGCUUCUUUUAUGUUACCGGCCGGGAUUGUGUAAAAAGUUUUGGGAGCUUUGAGAGUUUGAACUGUUGUACUGGGUACUGAGGAUUGUAGUAACAAAAUAGCAAGUACAAAAAGCUACUAAGAUCAUAUUAAGCCUUUUAUGUGGUACUUAAACUACUUGAGAUCAUCUUAAGCCUUUUAAGUGGUACUUAAUUAGACGAAUGAAUAAUAAGAUGAAUUAUACAGAGCCCUUCUUUA